AUGAAAAUGACAUCAGAACUCUUCAUCAUAUUCUCAUGUUGCUUUACCGGUGCAAGACUCUGCAACAACAGCAAAUUCUCAUGUUUGCUUUUUCGGUGAAGACAGAUAAAAAAACAUUCUGACAAUACUCCUCUCUUUACCCUUCAAGACGAAACAGAGAGAGAAGAGAGACGAAGACGGACAUGUAAAACUCUCUCUCUCCUCUUUUCUUCUUCCUCUUCAUGGGCUCUACUAGCAGAUCCUCAGACGUGUUCCCCUCUCCUUUGUUCCUUUGCGCCUUGACCUCCAUUUAGGGUUUGUGUUAGGGUUCCUUUUCCCCUUCCGAUCACUCUUAUCUCUGAUCAUUUUUUGCGUCUUCUCUCUCUCUAGAAUGUCUGCUCCGGAUUCCGCUCCUUCCACCUCUUCCUUCUCCAUUCCCGACGACCGAGGUUUCAGGGGCGGUGGUUCCUUCGUCUUCGUCUUCGUCUUCACCCACGUCAUCCUCUUCCUCUUCUUCUUCUUCUUCUUCGUCUUCGUCGGGUAUUGAAGAAGAAGAGAGGUCUCCGUCGGGUAUGUGGAUUGGACCGAAUUCCUCUGUUCCCGUCGAGCUGAAUCCCUUCUUUGUCCAAAGCAUAAAGGUGAAUCAAGUGGAUGAUAUGAAAUGCGAGGAAAACUCAUGGGUUGGUCGCUUGAAUCCUGGAAAUGGCGGCAACGACGAGAACGAUGAUGAUAUACGGAGGAAGAAGGUGGCUCGCGCCGAGCUCAAGCAGAGCCCUGCGGUGGUGGGACCAUGUGGGCCCCGCUUCCAAGGACCCCAUAACCGGCGCUACCGAGGCUUUCCUCGCCGACCCUUCUCCGGCCAAAAUCAAUCUCGGCAGAUGAUGAAGGGAAACCGGUUGUGCUUCAAUGCGUACGCGAGGCAGAGGCAAAAGUUGCUGGUAGCAGCUACUUGGAAUCGGUUUCUAGUGGCUUAGGCUCAAAGAUGGUGGAGGAGAGUGUGAAAUUGGCACAUGGAGAAGAUUCAUUUGUCUUUAGAGAACAGAGAUUUACUGGAAUUCAAGUUCUCUCCGGGACUGGAGCUUGUCGGCUCUUUGCUGAAUUACAGAGGCGUUUCUAUCCGGGAAUUUUAAUCAAAUGGUCGACUUGGGUCGCACCUAUUUCACGUGUACACCAGAAAAAACAUAACACUUUUUUUUUGUGUGAAAAGACGAAAUUACCCUUAAUGAAUACACGAUUUUUA